GCUAGUCUUGAGGCGCCAGCUAAGACCAAACUCAGCGAUCAUGUGGGUUACCUGUGUGGUAGCAAGAAAACAGCACUGCAACCUUGAAUUUCUUGCGGCACCCAGUCCUUUGUUCUCAACAUCCACCUAUUGUGAGCUCAACUUUGUAAGUGUCUUCGGCAAAGAAAAGGAAAAGGUGUUCUCUGAGGAACCAGCCAGAGCCGGAGAUGGCGGAGACGGUGGUAAGCAUGGCGAGGUCCAUGCUGGGAGGCGCUAUCAGCAAGGCCGCCUCUGCUGCGGCCGCCGAGCUGAGCUUGGUGAUGGGUGUGCAGAAGGAUAUCUGGUUCAUCAAAGAUGAGCUAAAGACGAUGCAGGCAUUCUUGGCAGCCGCUGAAGCAACGAAGAACAAAGACAUGCUGCUGAAGGUGUGGGCAGAGCAAGUAAGGGACCUUUCCUACAAUAUAGAAGAUUGCCUUGAUGAAUUUAUGGUUCAUGUGAGGAGCCAAAGCCUGAUGAAACGGCUGAUGAAGCUCAAAGAUCGUCGUCGGAUUGCUAUCCAAAUUCGCAACCUGAAAACAAGAGUUGAAGAAGUGAGCAGCAGGAAUGCACGCUACAACUUGAUCAGGACAGAGGCCUCAAUGACCAGUGACAAGGAGGUUUCUUACAUAGAAGAUGUACGUAAUCAUUCAGCAGGCAACACUGAUGAAGCGGAACUUGUGGGCUUUACCAAGCCUAGGGAGGAGUUGAUUAAGCUGAUGGAUGUCAACACUAGAGAUGGUGAUGCCAAAGUUAUAUCUGUUGUUGGCAUGGGUGGUUUAGGCAAGACUAUUCUUGCAAGAAAAACUUAUGAAAGUAAGGAAGAUAUUGUGAAGAAUUUUUCUUGCUGUGCAUGGAUCACAGUUUCACAGUCAUUUUUCAAGAUAGAAAUGCUCAAGGAUAUGAUCAGGCAACUUCUGGGUGGAGAUUCACUGAAGAACUUGUUGAAAGAACUUGAAGGGAAGGUGGUGCAAGUAAAGGACCUCGCCGAGUACCUCAAUCAAGAGAUUAAGGAUAAGAGGUACCUUAUUAUUCUUGAUGACUUGUGGACCAUAGAUGCAUGGAGGUGGAUUAAAGAUAUUGUUUUUCCUAGUAGAAACAAGAAAGGUAGUCGGAUAAUAGUAACAACACGUGAUGUUGGCUUAGCAAAGGAAUGUACUCUUGAAUCCCUUAUCUACCACCUUAAAACCUUAGAGGUAGUUGAGGCCACAAAUUUGCUACUAAAAAAGAGUAGGAAAGUAUCUGAAGAAAUGGAAAAAGUUGAAAACUUCAAGAGCAUAGUUGAAAAACUAGUUAAAAAGUGUGGUUGUUUACCACUGGCCAUACUCACAAUUGGAGGGAUCCUUGCCACUAAAAAGAUAGUAGAGUGGGAGCAAUUCUAUAGCCAACUCCCGUCUGAGCUUGAGAGUAACCCAAGCCUUGAAACAAUGAAGAUGAUGGUUACUUUGAGUUACAACCACUUGCCAUCUCAUCUUAAGCCAUGUUUCUUAUACCUAAGCAUCUUUCCCGAGGAUUCAGAAAUCCAGAUGAGGCGUCUAGUAGAAAGAUGGAUUGCCGAGGGGCUGAUUAGAGGUGGGACUGGGGUGAACAUUGAGGAUGUGGCAAAAGGUUACUUUAAUGAGUUAAUCAACCGUAGCAUGCUUCAACCAUCAAGGGUGAACAUUGAAGGAGUUGUGAAGAGCUGUCGAGUCCAUGAUAUCGUGCGUGAUGUCAUGAUCUCAGUUUCUAGAGAUGAAAAUUUCGUGUACGUGGCAGGAAAUAAUGUAACUGGUGCUAUGGAGGAGACCUUCCGACAUGUAGCGUACCAUGGUAGCAUGUGCCAAAAUAUACACAUGGAUUGGAGCCACGCCCGGUCAGUAACUGUGUUUGGUGAGAGAUCAUUGGGGCCAUCACCUUUGGUUUGUUCUCCUGAAAUGAAAAUGCUCCGGGUCUUGGAUCUAGAGAAUGCCCAGUUUCAAGUCACACAAAAGGAUAUCAGCAACAUAGGAUUGUUGCGCCACUUGAAGUAUGUGAAUUUUUCUCACCCUCAAGGAUAUUCACAUAUUUAUAACCUUCCUAGAUCCAUAGGAAAAUUGCAAGGCUUGCGUACUUUGAACAUAGGAGACAGUUAUAUCACAGAACUGCCAACUGAGAUUAGUAAACUCCAGAGUAUACACAGUCUCCGUUGUACCAGAAAGAGAUCCUAUAAAUGGUUUGUCCUGGGUAAACCCAGGGAAUGCUUGCUGAACACAUUAUGUUUGCCCAUGCCGUUCACACCUUUGUUUGAUUCUAGUGAGCGUGCUGAGGCAGUUGCAGAGCUACACAUGGCCUGGUCUAGCCGUUGGUCCGAGUCAAGGGCUGUGAGGGUGUCAAAAGGAAUCGGCAAAUUGAAAGAGCUGCAAAUACUAGAGGUUGUGGACAUCGGCCGAACUAGUUGCAAAGCAAUUAAAGAGCUAGGUGAGCUUGUGCAGCUGAAAAAACUGAGCGUGGUAAUAGAAGGGGGCACCAAUAAGCAGAAAUGCAAGGUACUCGGUGAUGCUAUUCAGAAGCUCCAUUGCCUCCGCUCCCUUGAAGUGAAUGGUUCACUAGAGUGGCUGCAUGAUAUUUCCUCUCCUCCUCCCCUGUUGAGGUGUCUGGACUUGUCUGGAUGCCCUGGAGAGAUUCCUGGCUGGCUUGGCAAUCUGAUACAUUUGGUCAAGCCUCACUUAUCCAGGACUGUAAUAAAGAAAGAAGGUAAAAUCAUGGAAAUACCAGGGUCACUUCCCAACCUCAUGCAGCUUGGUCUUGGAUUCAACUCUUAUAUUGGGGAGAAGUUGGCGUUCAAAACGGGAGCAUUCCAAAAUCUCAAGAAACUUGAUAUUUGGAGUCUGAUGCAACUGAGAGAGUUGAUAUUCGAGGAGGGCACCUCACCCCAGCUGGGAAAGAUAGAAAUCAGUGACUGCCGGAUAGAAUCUGGGAUUAAUGGUAUCGAGCACCUUGCAUGUCUCAAGGAGAUUUGGCUUCGUUGCAAUUGCAAGGUGGCCAGUCUUGGUAUGUUGCAACGUCAAGUGGACACACACCCCAACCAUCCCGUGCUGCUACUGGAGCAAGAUCGGAGCGUCCACGACCUGGGUGACAUUGUCCAAGGAUCCACUAUUGUAGUAGAUGUGGAUGAAGCAACGGAGGGGGAGGAAUCAUCAUCUCUCCAUCCCGAGCAUACAGCUGCAGGGGAGACCUCCUCCUCGCAGGUGGUGGUCGGAACGACGGGGAGCAAUAGACCCUGACAUGAGGGAGGCCGAAGGCUCUGCUUUGGUGGAAGACGAUUUCUGGUCCUGCAAUUCUGACGACAUCGUCUAGGUGGACGCAUUGCUAGUUCCGUUUUGGUUUAUUCUGACCCAUUGCUAGUUCCGUUUUGGUUUCUGACGAUGUUUAUCUCUAUCUAAUAAGAGGUGUUGAUCGUUUCCCCAUUGCCCUCGUUUCCAUUCCCGCUGCUGCUUCCGAUUGCUGCCGCCGUAGAGUCAAAGUGCCUCUGAAACGUGAACCAUGAAGUGUUCUUGCAGAUAACUGCUGGGGAGAAGACGUUGAAAGUGCAAUGGACUGCACCCCACAAGAUGCUGCUACAGAUGAAGAUGCACAUACGUACUGUUAAGCUGCAAUUGGCCAUCACGUUCAGCUAUCUAGGUUCUCUCUGCUGGCUGGCGGCCUCUAAUAUGGUGCAAGGUGCAGCUGAGAGGUAUCCUGACAUUUCCAAGCUCCGAUGGAAGAUGAGUGCAUUGAUCUUGGGGCUUUAGUGUAACGAAGUGGAGAAGCAAGCUGCGAUGCCAUUCUGAUAUCUCAGCAGGAGUUUAAAGUUGCAAUUGUAAUUUUGAGAUCUCAGAUGGAGAACACCGUGGAAUGGGCUGGAAGACCUGCAAUUCUGAAUACAGACUUGCUCUGUUUUCUAGUGCGUACUCUGUUUUCCUAGAGAUGGUUUAUUACUCUCCAUUUGUUGCUGCCACAAUGUCUGUGCUUGGUUGUAAUAAACAAAUAAUGAUGAUUGCAUCUGUGGUUAUC